AUGCCCACCCCGGACAGGGGCAUCCUCCAGGCCGUCGUGGGGAGCGUGGCCCUCGGGGCUCCCCGGCCCCAGGCCCGGUCGUCAGGGGUGAGGUCCCCGGAAAGCGAGACUGCCAGCCCCACCCCCACGGAUGGCUGGCAGGGCCUGCCCGGUCUGACUGCGGCGGCGACUGAAAGCGCCAGCAAAGGCCGGAUCUCCCCAGAACCGGGAGCCCCGACCAAAGCCCCUUCCGGCCCCCCCACCCCGAGCUUUGAAGUCGUUCCCUGCUUUGCUGGGAACCCCAGAAGCAGAUUAGGUCAAACCCAGUCAGCGCUGCUUGUGCCCAUGAGUCUGACCCCCUCCCCAGAGCUUGGGGUUCCCAAGCUGGGAGAUGGGGGCCGGCCCAGUGGCAGCAGGCAGAAGCUGGGGCAAAGAAUGGGCCCAGUUGUCUCUGGGGAAGAGUCCCCAGGACCUGAGGUGCCCCAGGCGGGCAGCACCGGGCACACGCCCUGGCGCCACCGAGCCCCCGAGGUGCCAGACGGGCAGCACCGGGCACACGCCCCGGCGCCACCGAGCCCCCGAGGUGCCAGGUGGGCAGCACCGGGCACACGCCCCGGCACCACCGAGCCCCCGAGGUGCCUGGACAGCUGCAGUUCCAGCCUAUCCCGGAGCCAAGCCCGGCUGGUGUCAGAGCCCUCUGGCAAGGGCCGCUCUGGGCCUAAGUCCCGUUCCUGCUUUUUCCUUCCUUUUGGCCGUGGCCGUGGCGAGGAAGAGGGCUACACUGGCGGGGCGUCUACACUGGCUAAGCAGCCUCCCCUUGUGGACGGCCUGCCUGGAUCCCAUGUAGGAGCCUCCAGCCCACCUUCCCCUGGUGCCCCUGCCACCCGGUGCCUGCCCCGUGGAGACCAGCACAUUGUCUGCCCUGGUCUGGGCACCUUCCCUUGCCCUCGCGCCCCUGCCCGUGGGGCCCCGCUGGCCGUUCCGAGCCAGACUGGGGGCCAGGGACGCCCGGAGCCCACUACUCACGGCUUCCCCCGGGCAUCGCUGGGGGCCCGACGGCGCCAGUCCGUGCCAAGGCACAGGAGGGGGGAGUGGGCCAGGCCGGGCCUCUUGGGAGCUCCCGAGACCGCCAAGCUGGACCCCGAUCCCCCAGUGCUUGAUGGGAGCCCAGGGGCCCUUGGGGAGUGCCCCUCCCCCACCUGCCCCUGACAGAACCUGCCCAGCCACGUGAAGCCACUGCUGGCACCGCCAGGUAGGACGAGGGCGGAGCCCGGGAUGGGCCACGAGACCAAAACCACGGGAUCUCCCGUGGAACCCGCUCCGUGCCCGGGCCGUGACCAUGGGGCCCGACCCAGGGAGACUCCGAGCCAAGGCGAGCGCCCUGCCCCCGAGGGCUCUGCCAAGGUGGCCACGUGGCUCCCACGCCUCUGCUGACCACAAGUGUCUCCCCUGAGAGGCCCAGGGAGCCUGCGCGGGUGGGGAGUCUCCCUAUGUGAGCAGCAGUCGCUCAGGACGGGCCCUCCAGGGGCCCCUCCCCUAAAUGACUGCGGUGGGCCCCAGGACAGCCCCCUCCCCUAAAUGACCGCACAGGCUCUAGGGACGGCCCCUUCUCUAAAUGGCCACGCAGGCCCUCGGGACGGCCCCUUCUCUAAAUGACCGCGGCGGGUCCCAGGACAGCCCCCUCCCCUAAAUGACCGUGUAGGCCCUCAGGACAGCCCCUUCUCUAAAUGACCGCAGUGGCCCCCAGGAUGGCCCCUUCCCCUAAAUGACCACGCAGGUCCUCCAGGGGCCCCUUCCCCUAAAUGACCGCGCAGGUCCUCGGGACGGCCCCUUCCCCUAAAUGACCGCACAGGCUCUAGGGACGGCCCCUUCUCUAAAUGACCGUGCAGGCCCUCGGGACGGCCCCUUCCUCUAAAUGACUGCGGCGGGCCCCAGGACAGCCCCCUCCCCUAAAUGACCACGCAGGCCCUUGGGACAAUCUCUUCUCUAAAUGACCGCAGUGGGCCCCAGGACAGCCCCCUCCCCUAAAUGACCGCACAGGCUCUAGGGACGGCCCCUUCCCCUAAAUGACCCCGCAGACCUCAGGACGGCCCCUUCCCCUAAAUGACCCCGCAGCCCUGGGGACGGCCCCUCCGGGGGCCCGGCCAC